AUGCAACAACAAAACUCUGAUUAUUCUCCAGACCUGGACAAAGAAACCUGCACCAGCAUGAAACUUCUAAACAGGGCAGCUGAUCUCCACAAAGAAAAUGUUGCUUUGUCUGGAAAAAUCAGCCCGGAAGACAUCUUCAGGUCCUGUGAAACGCUGGCAGUGCCAAUCUGUAUGGACAACACUGUGCCUCCAGGGGACCACAUGAGAAAACGAGGUUAUACAGAGUCAUCGCUUCUGAAGCUUCCCACAGAGGAGUGCACUGGGAGCCACCAUGCAUCUGUCCAGUUCGACCGUCAUGCUCUGGCCAGAAUUUCCACUUCUCCAACUUUAAGGCGUCUAAGGAUGGCCUCUGCCUCACAAGCCCUGACAUUUCAGGACUGUUCUGACAUGGCUCAGCUGGGGAAUCAAAAGGAAUACACAGGCUCUCUCCAUCACAUUUGUAAGAGUCCACCUCGGUGCAUUACAAUUUCCUCAUUGUCGUUGCCUUCUUGUGUUCAUGCAAAAUUAUUGUCUUCCCAAGCCAAGUCUGAGACAACUAUAGGAGCUUCAGAGUCUGACAUCCCCAGAUCAAAGCUGCCAAGCCAAGAAGAUCCUCUCGGCAAUGGCAGUCCCAAAAAGCCACCCAAAAACUCUUGGAGAGCCAACUCUGCUACACUGCCUAGGAGACUUCCCCGCCAAAGCCCUACACCAUGGACAGAUGUCCAGCUUGAAGAAUGUGAAACAUCUGAUAAUCUUGAGCGACAUUCUUCAGGACUUUGUGGAAGGGAAGAAGGAGCAAAGAAGCUAGCAGAAUAG